AUGGAACCAGCGGAAGUAAAUUGUGUGCAAAAUCUUUUUAAAAGGCCGAUGUCACAUGAAGAUAAACUUUUAAUUAAGGAAAAAGGAAGACCUAUUCCCGAUCUUCGAAUAAACUACACUUCCACAGAUAGUUCUAGUUCUGAUUCUAAAGUUGAAGAACCCUACAACUUAGAUAGUUCCAGUUCUGAUUCUGAAGUCGAAGAACCCUACGUUAAUUUACCUGUGCAAAAUGAGCUUGGUAAUUGUAAAGGAAAUUCAUGUCAUUUUUUAAAAAAUUGGUCCCUUAAAAACAACAUAAGUCACAAUGCCAUUAAUGAGUUAGGUACUUCAGUGGUUUUCAACUGA